AUGGCACCGUUUACUCAUCUGUUCUCCUGCACUUUUUCUCCAGCAUACUAUGGCUUCUGUUUGGGUACCAGCGACCUUCACUGCGGUGGUCCUUUUGCUUUCUGGGGGAUGCUAUGCCAGUUCUUCAGGUAACGCCACCUUGACCUCACCCAUAUCCUAAGUGUCUCCAUUUUGCUGGGAAGGGCUUUAAAGGAUAAUUCCUGGGGGCGAAAUUAGAUCUUCCCCUUUGCAUGGAUUCGGUCCCAUAAACUUAUGCCACCUCUGUUUCUUUUCCUGGCAGGUUCCUGGUGCUACGACAGCCUAAUAUGUGGUAAGAAAAAUAGCAGCCCUAACUUCUCUUUAGCCACAGAUUCCAAGCAAGGCAUACUUUUGAGCCAAGUCCAUCACACCAAACUCAACUUUUAUUUCCAGGGCUUUGUUCUGUAAUGGACUAAAAAUGCCUCUGAACAUGCGCAAAGUGCAUUUUCCUCUCUACCUCCUUGUACAGAUUCAGGGCUAAGUGGGAGGGCUACCUAACAGAGGAUAUCGUUUUCGGGAAGUUUAGAAUCCUCCUGCUGCUGCUGCUGCUUCUCCGUUUUAUUUAUUUAAUUCAGUUCCCCAUCUCUAAUUACCAUGCUGCUUGUUUUUGGCUCUUCCUUUUCUUGGCCAGGACCUGACACGUGGUCAUCCCAAGGUCAUUGCAAUGGCAAGAGGCAAUCUCCCAUCGAUAUUGUCACCAGCAGUGUCAGGCAUAACCCCAAACUGGGUGCAGUGACUCUCACCGGCUACAACGACACCAAAAAACUGCUGGAAAUGAAGAACACUGGGAAAACUGGUGAGUGUGCAAGCAUUUCCUUUUUAAAACACUAUGCGUCUAGUCCUUAAGGUAGCAGGAAAGUGUGGGGGGGGACACAAAACUGCAAGACGGGGAAGCUGCCAAACUCCAUCCCUUCCUGUUUGUGCCAUUCAUAGUAAAAAGCUGGAUUUCCCCAACUUUACAGUGAUGGCAGCAUGGAGGAGCCCGGAAGAGUGUGGGAGAAUCUCCCAACCUUUUCCCCCAGCGUGGGACAGGUUUGGAAAGGCAGCCUGUUCUUUUCUGAAGGGGAGCGUCAUUUAUUUCCCUUCAGUUUAACAGGCUGUAGGCAGAUCAAGAGAUUUCACCUGCAUUCUGCCCACAUUCUGCCAGGGCCCCAUGACAGCAUGUUCAGUCCUCUUCCCUCCAGUUUUUUUGUGAUAUUCUGCCCCCUUUCAGGUGGGUCAGAACAGCUUGGUGCUUCUCUCCUUUAGCUGGUGGGUGGACCCUUUUUUAUUUUUAUUUUAAUCCAAACCAACGGGCGCCGACCACCUGAGCUGGCUAUUAGAGAGAUUGGUACUUUUCAAACUCAGAAUGGCCUGCCCUCAGGGCAGCCCACCUGUUCUGUGUGUGUGUGACUUUCUGAUUGGAAGGAGACAAUCCCACCCUCCACGCUGGCAAUGAUUCGCACAUGAUUCAUAGCAGAGCAGGCAGUUCUGCAUCUCUCUGAUGGGGAUGUUUGAAUGGUCCAAUCAUCAAUGGGAAAUGCUCCAUUGAGGACCUUGUCUUUUGCUCUUUGUUAUUGGCCUGCUUGCUCUAUGUGCUUCAGCAGGGACGCAGGUGGCGCUGUAGGUUAAACCACAGAGCCUAGGGCUUGCCGAUCAGAAGGUCAGCAGUUCGAAUCCCUGCGACGGGGUGAGCUCCCGUUGCUCAGUCCCUGCUCCUCCCAACCUAGCAGUUUGAAAGCACGUCAAAGUGCAAGUAGAUAAAUAGGUACUGCUCCGGCGGGAACGUAAACGGCGUUUCCGUGCGCUGGCUCCCUCAGCCAGUAAAGCGAGAUGAGCGCCGCAACCCCAGAGUCGGCCACAACUGGACCUAAUGGUCAGGGGUCCCUUAACCUUUACCUGUACCUAUGUGCUUCAGCAGGAUCCAGGCUUCACCAGCCUGCUGCCCUCCAGAUAUUUUGCACGUCAACUCCCUUCAUCCCCUGCUAGCACAGGAAUUGAUCAAAAACACAUGGAGGGUGCCUGGUUGGCAAUAGCCGGAAGAGGGUGCAAGAGAAGGGAGGGAGGGGGGUAAGUGCCUCCUUCUAGACACGCAGCACUGCACCCCACAUUACUGAACCCCUGUGGCUACCUGAAGAGAAGGCACCUUUUACAUACGGUACUUUAAUUUCCAGUUUGAUGAUUUAAUUAAAAUUUAGUAAGGCAGCAAUCCUAAGCAUUGUCAAGCUUCCUGGCAAAAGUUAUCACCCUCAAAAAUCAACACAAAUAAGUCAUGAAUCAUUAUUAUGUUCAACUGAAAUCCAAAAUCAUUACUCUGCUUACUCUGUAAAAAUCAAUAGGAUAUACUUGAGAGGAGGUGCAGUUAGGAUGGGACCGUCAGUGUGUGAUGGACACUGAUGUUUCUCUUUCAGGAUAAAACUCAGCCCCCUCCACCCUAAAAAUGCACUUCUGUGGCUAUGUGCACACUGUACCUUCAAAGCACAUGCAGAGCACAUGUACAUUUCCCUUCCUCUCAAAAGAACCCUGGGAACUGGUCUACUUUCCCGAUCGUACAAACCAAAGUGUGACCAACCCAGCCCAAUCCUAUGCGUCAUUGAUUGCAAAUGACACCACUUCCGCGGCUACAAAAGCAGUAAGAGAAGCUUUUUGGUGGAGAAUUCCAACACUCUUGAUGCACUAAUAGAAAUUGGUCUGGUCUGCAGUUGACAUAGAACUGGGCGAAGGUCUCCAGCUGAGCGGCCCUGGGCUUCCGGCUACAUACACAGCCAAGGCCUUUCACCUCCACUGGGGAGAUGGAGUCCAUAAACCUGGAUCAGAGCACUACAUAAAUGGCGAACGGUACUCUAUGGAGGUGAGGAUAUCUUCUCUAAUCUGGAUUCUGGGAUUGAUAGCAUGUUAAUGUCAGCUGGCAUAUGUUUUAUUAUAUUUAUUUUUCUUUCCUUUUGCUUUAUUAGCAAUUAUUUUUUGUGUUAUAAUAAUUGUUUCCUUGAGCAUGUGCACGUACAUUUCUUUUACCUCUGCAUAACAGCAGCAUAAACUCCAUCUAUACUGUAUUAAUCAGUGUAUGCAAAGCUUUCAAGUCAGAGGGCUUUUUAGAAAUUAUGAAUGACCAGGUCUAAGGGGAAUAGACACAAGGAUGGAUUUCCAAUAUGCACCAGGCUUUUGUGUACUGCAGUCUAUCUCUUUGCUCGUGGAGGUUUCUCCACAAAGAGCAGCCAGGUGGGUCAGCAGGGAUAUGUCCCAAACUGAUCUAUUUUCUUUUCUCCCCUCAGUUACACAUUGUGCACACCAAAAACAACACGAGUCUGUCGGAAGCCUUGAAGGACCCACAAGGCAUUGCUGUGCUAGCGUUCUUUGUUCAGGUGAGGGAUUGGGGAGGUCAAGGUUUGUGCGUGUCUAUGCUACCAGCUGGGAUAUCAGUUGUAAAGCAUUUUGGUUGUUUUGGCUUUUCCCAAACGAUUCUGGGAACUGUGGCAAGAGUUUUUCUCUUGGCCAGUCAUUCACCGUGUCACAUUAAACCAGGGGUCAGCAAACUUUUUCAGCAGGGGGCCGGUCCACUGUCCCUCAGACCUUGUGGGGGGGCCGGACUAUAUUUUUAGGGUGGUGGGGGGAAAUGAACAAAUUCCUAUGCCCCACAAAUAACCCAGAGACGCAUUUUAAAUGAAAGCACACGCUCUACUCAUGUAAAAACAACAGGCAGGCCCCAGAAAUAACCCAGAGAUGCAUUUUAAAUAAAAGGACACAUUCUAUUCAUGUAAAAACACGCUGAUUCCCGGACCGUCCACGGGCCGGAUUUAGAAGGCAGUUGGGCCGGAUCUGGCCCCCAGGCCUUAGUUUGCCUACCCAUGCAUUAAACCAUCAUUUAAUUUGACCGAUGGUUUAAUGUGAUGUGCAAACCAGGCCACUGACUGAACUGCUUUGCCUCAAGUUCACUGGGAAGGGGGCACAGCUGUUGAAAACACCACUUGGCUAUUCCAUGGUAGAAAUGGGAGAACUGGAAGAAGUGGAUGUUGUUGAAAAGCAGUAGAUUGUGCUGCGUGAUAAAUGGGCAGUGUUGCUUCUGAAGAAGCACUUCUUUCAAGGAGAUAAUCACAUUUUCCCAGCACUCAAAUAACCAUCUUUUCUUGCUGGAACAAAGUCCCCAAAAGUAUGCGCCUGUUGGAUAAUGCCAACGACAUCAUGAGCGAUGAGCACCACAAUUCCUGCCUCCCUCUGCCUCUGCUUCUUAAGGUAGCCCUGGGAAGGGGAGGAAGACAUUAAAACAGGAGAUGCUGAGCCCUAGGAUUCUUAGGUUCCUUUAUCACACUUUAUUUCUUGGUCUUAUUUUACACUAUAUGAUGUUUCCUCUUUACUGCAGGGCUAUGAGAAGGCACAGGGCAAGACAGCUGAAGCAUGGGAAUUGUUUAAAAAGAAGCUGAAGGAUGUUGAGGAAAAGGGUAAGUCCGUCAGUGAGUGGAAAGCCAAGUAAAACAUCUGGUUCUUCUCUUGUCUCAGAGAAUCCAUCAUGGCUACCACAAUGAAUUGGAACAAAAAAUAACCAGUUUGAGCAGUGGGGAGGUGUGAUUCUUUCAGUCGCCUCCCUGAUAAAUCCUGGGGAUGGUGGUUUCACAAGGGCCCCUUGGAAUUCUUCAGAACCUUACAUAGAACUGCAGUAUUCAAGAGUCCCUUGUUGGGGAACCAUUAUUAUUAUUAUUUAUGAAAUCUGUAUUAUGUCCCACGUUUCCUCUAAGGAACUCAAGGCCCCCCAAAAAAACAUUUUAUCCUCACAACAACCCUGUGGUGUAGGUUAGGAUGUGAAUUAAGUAUGGAGCAGAGAUGCAAGCAACUUACCUCCCCCUGUACAGGUGAAGAGACAAAAUUCGAUGGCAGCUUCUCUCUCCAGGACUUGCUGGGCCGCCCGGAGCUUGACCGCUAUUACCGCUACCCUGGGUCCCUCACCACCCCCGGGUGUGACGAGGUUGUGCUGUGGACCAUCUUUGCCGACCCCAUUCUGGUGUCGGAAGACGUGGUGAGUGCUGCCAUCUUGUGUGAGUCUGUGUGUAGGCAGAAUGCUGAGGCACAGAAGUCCUUAGAGAGGUAGGAGGAGCUGUUGUCUAAAACAUCUGAGGUACACUAGGUUGGGAAAGGCCAACAGCACAGGUAUGUUAUACUCUGGGAUACAUGAGGGAAAUUUGGGAAAUUGGCUUCUCUCUGGGCUCCGCUUGCAAUUAGGAUCAAGAGACUUUUCUUGGUGUUUGAAGUAAAAUAAAAAGGCCUACCUACUAGAAGUUGGGCUUUUGGGUGGUGGCCUGUGGUUUAAUGAUUCCUUCUCCCACAGCCACCACACCAGGAAGGUAGGAACAAAUACUGAAUUAGACCUGUUGGUACAUCUAACUCAGGGUUUCCCCAACUUGGGUCUCCAGCUGUUUUUGGACCACAGCUCCCAUUACCCUCAGCUAACAGGAUCAGUGGUCAGGGAUGAUGGGAAUUGUAGUCCCAAAAAACAGCUGGAGACUCAAGUUGGGGAAUUGGUUGCCCUGCGUUUCAGACGGGACAUCCUUGGAGAUACCAGGGAUUGAACCUGCAAAGCAAGAGCUCUGUCCCUGAGCUAUGCCCUACUCUAGGGUUUCAGACAGGGGACACUGCUAGCCCUAUCUGGGAGUUAAAAGACAAGGCCUGGAGGAAUGAGAAAUGGAAGUUUAGAUUUCUCAGGCAGCUGGAUUCUACAGUCAACCCCAAACCCUGACCCUAUUUUUUCUGUACAAGAUGCAGAUGUGAUGAGCUGGAGGGUGAGCAUUAGAUGGGUCAGAAACUUUGAGGAUAUACAGGGGGUGGCCAAAUAGCAGGUAGACGAGUGGUGAAGGCACCAAUGGGAGGGCAAGAGAGGCUUUGAAAGCAGAGGUGGCCUUGAGAAGGAAGCACCUUGAUGACCAGAGAGAACAGAGCCAUUUUCCAGCUGUACACUAUUACGUCCUGUUCCUUAUUUGCCUCAUUACGUUAUCCUAUUCUGUCAAAAGCAGUGUCACGGGGCUGAACAGAACUGGCCUCCCCCAAUUCUGUGUGCUGUUUGUGGGUCGUGGAACUGGAGAGUGAGGGGGCAGUUUGCUGAACGUUCUCCAGGGGAGAACCGAAAUUCUCCAGCAAUUCAAGAGCAGCUGAGAAACCUCAGUUCAACUCCACGCUGUCGUAACUCGUGCUAUGGAGUUGCCACAUCCUGGUCUUCACCGGGUAGAUCCCACUGCCCGACGUAGCCAUGUGCCACCACCUGACGCCUUCCUUCUCCCUUCCAAUAGGUGCAUGCUUUUCCGAAUGAGCUUCAUUCAACGGACUCCUCCACCGGGCCCCAUAUUGAGAACAACUACCGCCCUCUGCAGAACAUUGGGGACCGGAAAGUGGAAUCGUCUGCCGCUUUGAAGCACAAAUCCGCUGCCACGAUAGCCUCUCCGCCAGUAGGGCUCCUCCUCUUCAUUUCUGUGGCUACUCUUGCAUCCUUCUUACCUGCAUAAAGGCUGAAGGUGGGUGGGUGGAUGUAGGAACCACAUGGAGGAAGAGUCGACAUGAUCUCCAGAGAGGCCAAAGCUAGGCCACAACUCUUUCUGUCCCCCUCAGAAACUCCAGUUAACCUCCAUCUACCUCUCAACCAGCUCAUCCAGUACCAGAAGCACUGGCAAAGGACACUAAAAAGGCAGGAGGUGCACAUUUCAGUGAGGAGAGGAGCACAGAGAAGGAGAUCAAUAGCAGCUAGGAUGCCCAGUGCUGGGGAAGGAGUGCGCUUCAGUCCACUACAGCGAGAGCUGAAGUGAAACUUUCCAUUCAAAACGGGCUCGUUGUUGACAUUUCCCAAUCUUAUAUUGUGGCUUUGUUUCUCGGUGAUAUUUGAGUUUCCAGAUCAACGUUUGGGCUUAAGUGGAAUAGAACUAUCAUCAACGUUUGAGCAAUGACGCACAUUUUGAUACACCGCAUACCAAAACCUCAGAUGUCAACAAAAGCAAAGGGGUGGGGGGGGGUGGCAGGGAAUCACUGGAAAUAUAUAGAUUUCCUUGUGGAGUUUGAGGUUCAGGUCUGUCUGGGCUAAAACUUCCAAUGAUUAAAGAAUCAACAUUAAUUUCAGCUCUCGUUUUAGCAGGAAUUGGCAGAAGCUCUGCUUGUUCCCACAAACGUGACUUUGGAUGGCACAUUCACACGCGUCUCCAGCACUGCAGAGAAUACCCAUAGUCCCUAG